CUGUAUGUGCUCUUCCUUUUAUUACGAGACUGCCAAAGUGAUUACAGUUAAAUCAGAAAGAAGACCAGAGGCAAGAAGAGGGAAAUUCAUCCCAAUCUAUCAAGGGUGAAUCUUUUUUUGGGGAAAAAAAAGGCAGUAGCACAUUGUCCCGUGAACUGUAAGUAUUUCAACUGAAACGCGGGGAGGGGGACUCUGCCAUCCCUCCCCGGGUGAUUAUCAUCCAUUGCAUGAAUUAUGAAGCGAUAACUUUCGAAAGAAGAAGAAAAAAGGAUUUAUAAUUGAUCACCAACCAGACUCUACACGUUGCUCCUUCCCCCCCCCCCCCCCUCUCGCUUUUUCUUUCCCGGAGAGGAGAGAGAAUUAGGGGGAGGGUAGGCGGUGGGGACCGGGGGUGGGGGGAAGACGAAAGAGGGGUGUUUUGUUAUAAGGAGCAGUAGCAGCAGCAGCAGGAGAAGAUGCUGAAAAUGCGGACUAUGGGCUUGGUGCGCGGCUGGUGCUGCUGGUGCCUCUGCUGUUUCCUCCUGCCGGUCUCAGUCACCCUGGCCGCCGCCAAGCAGCUCCUGAGAUACCGGUUGGCGGAGGAAGGACCAGCGGAUGUCCGCAUCGGGAACGUGGCUUCAGACCUGGGCAUCGUGACUGGCUCCGGAGAGGUGACUUUCAGUCUGGAGUCGGGCUCCGAGUACCUGAAGAUCGACAACAUCACGGGGGAGCUGAGCACCAGCGAGCGCCGCAUCGACCGAGAGAAGCUGCCCCAGUGCCAGAUGAUCUUCGACGAGAACGAGUGCUUCCUGGACUUCGAGGUCUCGGUGAUCGGCCCCUCUCAGAGCUGGGUAGACCUCUUCGAAGGCCGGGUCAUAGUGCUGGACAUUAACGACAACACCCCUACCUUCCCCUCUCCCGUCCUCACUCUCACAGUGGAGGAGAACCGACCCGUGGGAACUCUCUACCUUCUCCCUACCGCUACAGACCGAGACUUUGGCCGCAAUGGUAUCGAACGUUACGAGCUGCUCCAGGAGCCCGGGGGCGGUGGGGGUGGCGGCGGCGGAGAAAGCCGUCGCGGAGGGGCGGUGGAGAGCGCCCCCUACCCCGGGGGUGGCGGAGGGGGCAGCAGCGGUCCCGGCAGCUCCAAGAGGCGACUGGAGGUGUCCGAGGGUGGCGGGGGCAGCGCCUCUGGCAGCGGGGGCCGGAGUACUGUGUUCGAGUUGCAGGUAGCCGAUACCCCGGACGGCGAGAAACAGCCGCAGCUGAUCGUCAAGGGGGCGCUGGACAGGGAGCAGCGGGACUCCUACGAACUGACCCUGAGGGUGAGGGACGGAGGCGACCCGCCGCGCUCCUCUCAAGCCAUCCUAAGGGUGCUGAUCACCGACGUGAAUGACAACAGCCCGCGCUUCGAGAAGAGUGUGUACGAGGCUGAUCUGGCUGAGAACAGCACCCCAGGCACCCCAAUACUCCAGCUCCGUGCCGCCGACCUGGAUGUGGGGGUGAAUGGCCAGAUUGAGUAUGUUUUUGGGGCCGCCACGGAGAACGUGAGGCGGCUGCUCAGGCUGGACGAAAGCACUGGCUGGCUCAGUGUCCUGCACCGCAUCGACCGCGAGGAAGUGAACCAGCUACGUUUCACAGUAAUGGCCCGAGAUCGGGGGCAACCCCCGAAGACAGACAAGGCUACUGUGGUGCUCAAUAUCAAAGAUGAGAACGACAACGUGCCGUCCAUUGAGAUACGAAAAAUCGGACGUAUCCCCCUUAAAGACGGGGUGGCCAAUGUAGCGGAGGACGUUUUGGUAGACACCCCCAUUGCCCUGGUGCAGGUCUCAGACCGAGACCAAGGGGAGAACGGAGUGGUCACUUGCACCGUGGUGGGGGACGUGCCCUUCCAGCUUAAGCCGGCCAGCGACACGGAGGGUGACCAAAACAAGAAAAAGUACUUCCUACACACUUCAGCCCCCUUGGACUACGAGAGCACCCGGGAAUACAACGUUGUCAUAGUGGCGGUGGACUCAGGCAGUCCGAGUCUUUCCAGUAACAAUUCCUUAGUGGUGAAGGUCGGAGACACCAAUGACAACCCCCCGGUAUUUGACCAGUCGGUGGUGGAGGUCUAUUUCCCGGAGAACAACAUUCCUGGGGAGAGGGUAGCCACAGUGGUGGCCACAGAUGCAGAUAGUGGGAAGAAUGCGGAGAUCGCAUACUCCCUGGACUCGUCGGUGGUGGGGAUCUUUGCCAUUGAUCCGGACUCUGGGGAUAUCCUAGUCAAUACCGUGCUGGACCGGGAGCAGAACGAUAGAUACGAGUUUAAAGUAACUGCCAAAGACAAAGGCAUUCCGAUCCUCCAAGGCAGCACCACGGUGAUAGUGCAGGUAGCAGACAAGAAUGACAAUGACCCUAAGUUUAUGCAGGAUGUUUUUACCUUUUACGUGAAAGAAAAUUUGCAACCCAAUAGCCCAGUAGGAAUGGUCACUGUGAUGGAUGCUGACAAAGGGCGAAAUGCAGAGAUGAGCUUGUACAUAGAAGAGGACAGUAACAUUUUUUCCAUUGAAAAUGACACAGGGACAAUUUACUCUACUACAGCUUUUGACCGGGAGCUUCAGACUUCCUACACUUUCAAAGUGAAGGCAGUAGACGGAGGAGAUCCCCCAAGGUCAGCCACAGCUACGGUAUCUCUUUUUGUGAUGGAUGAAAAUGACAAUGCUCCCACGGUUACCUAUCCCAGCAACAUCUCCUACACUUUGCUGCCACCUUCAAGUAAUGUAAGAACAGUGGUGGCCACUGUGCUGGCAACUGACAGUGACACCGGAGUAAAUGCAGAUCUCAACUAUAGUAUUGUGGGAGGAAAUCCCUUUAAGUUGUUUGAAAUUGAUGCCACUAGUGGGGUUGUGUCUUUGGUGGGGAAACUGGCCCAGAAACAUUACGGCUUACACCGGUUAGUGGUCCAAGUCAACGACAGUGGGCAGCCUUCACAAUCCACCACCACUCUGGUGCACGUCUUUGUCAAUGAGAGUGUUUCCAACGCCACCGUGAUUGACUCCCAAAUAACCCGAAGUUUGCACACUCCAUUAACUCAAGAUAUCGCUGGUGACCCUAGCUAUGAAAUUAGCAAACAGAGACUGAGUAUUGUCAUCGGGGUGGUGGCUGGGAUCAUGACUGUCAUCCUGAUCAUCUUGAUCGUAGUAAUGGCAAGGUACUGCAGGUCCAAAAAUAAAAAUGGAUAUGAGGCAGGUAAAAAGGAUCAUGAGGACUUUUUUACACCCCAGCAGCAUGACAAGUCUAAAAAGCCUAAAAAGGACAAGAAAAAUAAAAAAUCGAAGCAACCUCUCUACAGCAGCAUUGUAACAGUAGAGGCUUCUAAACCAAAUGGACAGAGGUAUGAUAGUGUCAAUGAAAAGCUCUCAGAUAGCCCCAGCAUGGGACGGUACAGGUCAGUCAAUGGAGGUCCAGGCAGUCCUGACCUGGCAAGGCAUUACAAAUCCAGUUCUCCACUGCCUACUGUCCAGCUUCAUCCCCAGUCACCAACUGCUGGAAAAAAACACCAGGCCGUACAAGAUCUACCACCAGCUAACACUUUUGUGGGAGCAGGAGACAACAUUUCAAUCGGAUCAGAUCAUUGUUCUGAGUAUAGCUGUCAAACCAAUAACAAGUACAGCAAACAGCCAUUUCGUAGAGUGACGUUUUCUGUUGUGAGUCAGCCUCAGGACCCACAUCAGGGGUCAUUGCAGAGUUGCUAUGACAGCGGGCUGGAGGAGUCAGAAACACCAAGCAGUAAGAGUUCAUCAGGGCCAAGACUGGGUGCCCUUCCACUCCCAGAGGACAACUAUGAGAGGACUACGCCGGAUGGCAGUGUUGGUGAGGCAGAGCAUAUGGAAAAUGAUUCAAGGCCUCUGCCAGAUGUAGCCCUGACAGGGAAGUGCACCCGAGAGUGUGAUGAAUAUGGUCACUCAGACUCCUGCUGGAUGCCAGUCCGCACUUCACCUGAAAGGAAGCAGAAAAGCCAGCCAAAACUCUCCACAUUCAUGCCCGUUGAUGAACGAGGCAGCCAAGAAAAGCUGGCCAAUGGAGAAGCCUCUCUCAUGGGUGACCGCAACAGAAACCUCCUUAACAAAAAGUUGACCUCAUCCUAUGAGACCUUCAGUGCAGCUAGUUUCAGCAAAAAUGAGGAAGCCAACCCAGAGGAUAUUCCCCUGACAAAGACAGGGGAAUACAAGCCAUCUCCUGUCAAUACUCUAACUAGAAGAGAAGUUUACCUGUAGGCUAUCAGAAGCAACAAUAAAGUUCUUUCCUGAAAGAGAACGAAAAAAGGGGCAAACAUUUAAAAAAAAUCAAAACAAUUUAACUCAAAAAAAAAGAAAAGAAAAGAGGGGGCUACCAAAGAGACAAAGCUUGGCCUGCCACUUCUGCCUCCAAAUCAGGCACUUAAUUACACUGUCUGCCUGAUGAUGAUGUACAAUGUAGAAAUCAUUAUUGUUACUUGCAUGUCUAAUCCCCUCACUGAUUUUCCCCCCUAAAUUGAUGGUUGCAAGUUUCUUUCAUGGUAAGAAGCCUGAUUAGCAGAACACAGAACACUGUUGUUAUCCCAAAUGCUAAAGCAUGACUUUUAACGGUUUGAUUUGAGUUGAUUGUCAUCUGGCUUGUUGAAAAUAACAGGUCAGGAAAAAAAAAAGUCUAUUCCAAACAACACCAUCAGAACAUGGCUGAAUCCUGUUAGAACAAUCUGCCUAAUAACUCCCAAAUUCCAGACACAGUUACUAGAAAGGUAUAACCAUUAAUAAGCACUUUCUGAAGACCACAGCUUUAAUAUUCUCACCCAAGGCUGGUAACAGAAAAAUUACUUUCAGCCUGAGACUGCAGUCCAAAACAUGGCAUAUUUCCCUAUAAAAUAAUUAACUCAGAGGUCAAUUCCAUUCAUAGACAGGAUGUUCUCUCUAUAUGCAUAAUUAAUUGCGGUUUGCAUAAAACAGAUUAGCAUCACAUGUAUCAUACUAAUGAUUGCCCGUUAAACUUACAUUUUCUUUGGACAAGACCAACAUUAGCACCUAUCUGGGACAUUUUUAGUCAUGAAAAGGCCAAAGAUCAUGCCUUGGAUCAGGGGAAUCUUCAAAUAUUUUUGGUCUUGACUGAGAAAUCCAUCACACCCACAAAAAGCUAUAUGCAUACAUUCGACAUAUCUUAUUUUGCAUAACAGCCAGAUCUUAUAGUCCAGAAAAAAAAAACUCUCAAAAUAAAUUUUAGUUGAAAAUCUCAAAAGAAAGUUGUCAGUGUAUUUGCUGGUAGCACGCUAAGAGGCAAUGUAGGUCCCGUGCCAGUUCUGGGCAAUGUUUUCAGGGAAGAUUACAUUUUUCAAAGUCACAAAAAUUAUGAGUAAUGAGGUGGGGGAGGAGGGAAAAAAACAAAAAAAAGAGAGAUGAUGCAUUGGCAAAAAAUAUCUUGCAAGUGAAGUCCGAUGUCAUCCCCCUCUCCCCACCCCAGAAUCCGGGGUAUGCUUUCUGUUUGUAAUCUCUAAAUAUCGAUUC